AUGGCCAUCAAUAAUAAUGAGUUGGAGGGCACCUCCGUCUUUGCUGAAUCGAACCCUUUCAACUUUGCCCUUUUUCAUAGCGUUCAAGAAUACGUUGUAUUGCCAUUGACCACCAUCCGGGAGGUCAGAGUGGUGCUAUCUAGGGCUAGGGCUUAUGGGGCUAGUGAAGAGAAGAGCAGGGCAGCUAAAGUGGCCUGCGACGACAUGUUCUUUAGGGUUUGGGAAUUGGAUUUUCUGCUGAGAGUAGAUUGA